AUGGGGCAAGACUUUGAGACCGGGUUGUGCGAGUGCUUCUCCGACUGCGAGACUUGUUUGUGCGCGUUCUGCCUCCCCUGCGUUCAGUUCGGCCGCAACGCGCACCCGCUGCUGCCCUGCUCCGGCUGCCUCACCUGUGGUAUCUUCUUCUGGCUGUCCGGAGGUUUCACCAACCACUGCAUCCUCCUCCAGAACCGCAUUCUCAUCCGCAACGAAUACGGCUACGACAGGUCCGACGGGUGCGACUGCUUCAAGGUCAUGUUCUGCACGCCGUGCGUUCUCGCCCAGGAGGGCCGCGUGCUCAAGGCCAAGAAGUAG